AUGUGCUGUGGCUCCCGGGGGGGCUCCGGUGCUGCGGGGCCGGGGGAAACCGAGGCAGGGAGGUGGCAACGCUUCACUGAGCCCUUUUCUGGCACCCGUGGGUGCCACUGCCCCACCUGUGACGGGCGGCCGGGCAAAGGGGUGGGCGGACGGACAGACAGACAGGUGGACAGAUCCCUGUGCUGGGGGGCUGCGGCACUCCCGGCUCAGGGAGAGGCCCAGUGUGAGGAUGGCCCCGAGCUGGCUCUGCAACAAGGUAUGGGGGGGCUGAGGGGGGUCUCUUGGGGGGGGCUGAGGGCUUUUUUUGUGGUGCGCCGGCGCUCCUGGGGAUGCUGGGGUGGUGCCACCUCCUCGGGCAAGGGCUGGCCGGAUCUGUCCCCAUCUGGUUGGGCUCCGCGCGGUGCUGGUGGAUGAGCGGCGCCCGGGCUCUUACCGGGGUCCCCAUAUGCUGCCCGGGGGACCCCUGUCCCGGUGCUUCACCUCUGAGAGCGACCACCCUGCCGCCCCCUCCCCGUGCCUCAAGCCAGCGGUAAGUCCUAGGGUAACCCCCCCCCCCCCCCCCCCCCAACACCAGCGGGUCCUGGGGGGGCUGCACACCCUUGCUGACCCCAGGUUUUGGGGUUGCACUCUGUGUUUGCUCUCCUAAAGGAGAACGGCCCCAUCCCGGAACCAGCAGUUUAUUGCUCUCUUUUGGGGUCUGCUGCCGGAGGAGUUGGACUCUGCCCUGCACCCAAGGGUGCCCUGCCCAGCCUGGCAGCAAACCGGUUACCUGUGGCACAGUGUAACUGGUGUGGGGAGAUCUCCCCACUGUGUACUGGGAGCUCUGUGGUUUGGCUCUGCAGGGAAGGAUGCCGUGCCCCGGCCCGGGGCACCUCUCCGGGUGGGGGUUCCCUGGGGGCUGCAGGGAUGACCGGUUCCGAAUCCCACUCCCCAUUUCUUGCAGAGCAUGACUCCGCGCUGCUACAGGCUGGAACUGGGGGGUCUGGUCGCCGUGGGGCUCCUGGGGCUCUGCUACCUGCUCCACCACGAUGACCAGUUGUUGCCCAGCGUGGCCCCCGAGCACAGCACCCCCCCCAGCCCCCAGGCAGCCCCCAGGCUCCCCCUGCCCCGGGCUCUGCCCACCCCUGCCCCAUGCGUGGCCAACGCCUCGGUGCACAACAUCUCCGGUUUCGCCAAACUUCCCGGCCACGUGCAGGAUUUCCUGCGGUACCAACACUGCCGGUCCUUCCCGGUGCUGCUCGGCGUUCCCGGCAAGUGCGGGGGGCCCGAGGGGUCCCCCAACAUCUUCCUCCUCUUGGCCAUUAAGUCGUCACCGGUGAACUACGAGCGGCGGGAGGUGAUCCGCAAGACCUGGGGGCAGGAGAGGAGCUUUGAAGGAGCCUUCAUCCGCCGAGUCUUCCUUGUGGGGGUGGCCCCCGGCACCCGGGAUGCCAAGAAGCUCAAUCAGCUGCUGCGGCUGGAGCAGCGGGAGCACGGGGACGUGCUGCAGUGGGACUUCAGGGACACCUUCUUCAACCUGACGCUGAAGCAAGUGCUCUUCCACGCCUGGCUGGAGCAGCACUGCCCCGGCGUCCGCUUCGUCUUCAACGGGGACGACGACGUCUUCGUCAACACGGACAACGUCGUCCGCUUCGCGCUGGCUGCCCAGGGUUCCGGGGAGCAGCACCUCAUGGUGGGGCAGCUCUUUGUCAACACCAGCCCCGUCCGGCUCCAGCGCAGCAAGUACUUCGUGCCCACCCAGCUCCUGGCCUCCGAGCGGUACCCACCCUACUGCGCCGGCGGCGGGAUGCUCAUGUCCGGCUUCACCGCCCGCCUCAUCUCCCAGGAAUCGCGGGACGUCGAGCUCUUCCCCAUCGACGACGUCUACUUGGGCAUGUGCUUGGAGAAAGCCGGGCUGCUGCCCGCUUCCCACGCCGGCAUCCGGACCGUGGGCGUGGGCGUGCCGGCCAACACUGACCCCUUCGAUCCCUGCUACUACCGGGAGCUGCUGCUGGUGCACCGCUUCGUGCCCUACGAGACGGUGGUGAUGUGGCAAGCCAUCCACGAGCCCCGGCUGCUCUGCGGCAAGAGGGUGAGCAUCUUCUAGGGCAGCCGAGAAAGGACCAAGAGCCGGGGUGUGGGGGGAAAAACAUCGGUGCAACCCGAGGGCCGCUCGGGCUGCGGCUCUCCCCGCAUCCCUGGUAGGUGGCAGCUGCAGGGCUGAGCCCUGGGGACGGCUGAGUGCCACCGUCUCGCAUCCUGUUUCUGCCUGGUUUUACCCCAAAUCUGUCCUCCCGUGGCCAGCGGAGCCCUGAGGCACCAGAGGGAGAAUAAACGAAUCUGUGUUGUUAAUGAGGA